CUCUCCUCUCUAUUUUCUUUUUUCUCUCCUUUCUCUCUUGUAUGGGGCGGUUCUUCUAUACAUUAGAUCGGCGGCUCCUCCACCAUGCUCUGAAAUCGCCUCCGCCGCCUUAUCACCGACACCUUUCGGAGGCUCUCCGACCAUUGAACCCCGCCGCCAAAUACCACGCCGGAGCCCUAACCCUUGAGCAUCCAAGGAUGCCGACAUCGGAGAAGUGGAGAAGAAGGCAAAGAAGCACAAGGGGAAGCAUGACAAGCCCAAGCCCUGGGAUGAUGACCCCAACAUCAAUCAUUGGAAGGUGGAGAAGUUCGAUCCCUCGUGGAACAAUGGAGGGAUGCUUGAAGUUAGCUCCUUCUCCACCCUAUUUUCCUAGUACCAAGGCAUGGGCUUCUCCUUCAAGCUCGUUUAAUGAUAAAUACAGCAGGUGGUACUCAGACGGAUGCAACCAUCAAUUGAGUGGUGGACCUCUACUUGACCCAGAAGGAAACUUGAUUGGGAUUAACACAACAAUAUUUACACGAACAGAGAUUGACACCAGUGUGUUUGGUUUGUCUCAACAUAAAGCUCUGUGAUAUCCUUAUAUUGCAUCAAUUGGAGUCUAUGUUUUCAGAAUAGAUGUUCCCCAAAAGCCGUCUGACAGCUGUGAGUUGGAUUCUUUGUGGUUUUAAGUUCUAAGGUUUAGUUUUCAAAUGGAGAUUCAAAAGUGUUUGGUUUGUUGUCAUGGAAUGAUGGAUCAUUUGUAUGGAUGAUUCGUAUUAUUUGUAUGAAGCAAAUGAUGGAUUUCUGUACUUAAUAACACAAUUCUUCUAUGGAUUAUUUGUAUGGAUAAUUUA